GUCAAGUCGCAAACAUAACCACGUGAAUAUAUUUAAUAAAACUUGUAGUUUACAAUAAUAAGUAUACGAAAAUGCAGCACGACGAUGUUGUGUGGGCUAUUAUCAACAAAACUCAUUGUUCGCAUAAAGUAACUACGAAGACGCAACAUUUUUGCCGAAAUGAAUAUAACCUAACAGGUUUAUGUACUCGCUCUUCGUGUCCUUUAGCCAACAGUAAAUAUGCAACUAUCAGAGAAGAGAAUGGAAUUAUAUACUUGUAUAUGAGAACAGCUGAGAGGCUCAUGUUUCCAGCAAAACAAUGGGAAAAAGUGAAAUUAUCCAGGAAUUUCGAAAAGGCCAUACAUCAAAUUAAUGAAAAUUUACUUUAUUGGCCAUCCUUUAUAAAAUCGAAAUGUAAACAAAGAUUUUUAAAAAUAACACAAUACCUCAUACGCAUGAGGAAGCUCAAACUGAGAAGAGUGAAAGAAUUAGUUCCAAUACAAAGGAAGAUAGAGAGGCGUGAAAGGAGGCGCGAGGAGAAGGCAUUAGUCGCAGCGAGGAUAGACAAUGCAAUAGAGAAACAAUUGCUUGACAGACUGAAGAAGGGAACUUACAAUGACAUUUAUAACUUCCCGCAAAUGGCGUUUGAUGCUGCAUUGAAAGCAGAAGAGAUCUCCGGCGAGAGUGAGAGUGAGAAGUCGGACGAAGAAGAGGAAGAGAAGGAAAUGGAGCCAGAGCUGGAACAAGAGCUGCGGAGGACAGAUGUGGACGAAUUUGUUGAAGCUGAUAGUGAUAUGGAAAGCGAUGGGGAAAGUGAAUCCGGCAAAAAGGAAGAUGCUGAUGUUGGAAGUGAUUUCGAGUCUGAAACUUCAGAUAUUGAGGAUAUAUCCGAGAAAUUAGUGAGCAGGAAGAAGCCGCGCGUGGAAAUAGAGUACGAAACAGAACCCUCAGUCAGUAUAUCGAAGAGGAAAAUAAAGCAUUGAUUUUUAUUUGUC